AUAAAUGAGGACAAACGUUGUCUGUCACAGAUAAAAUAAUACAUACCGCAAAACUAUAAUGUAAGUAAGCUUUAAAGUCAUUUUAUUUCAAAACUUGUUUGGUGUUCAUUGCGUGUGUCGUGUGGAUUAAACAAUGGAGACACUACAACCAGUUCUGUUUCUGUCACAUGGAGCUGGACCUUCUUAUUAUCUUGAUGUGAAAACGAUGCCGAUGUUCAAUGGUUUAGACAAAGAUUCAAAAGCAGCUGACUUUCUUCGAACUCUCGUGAAAACACAUGGACUCAAGAAACCGGAAGCGAUCUUAGUCAUUAGCGCGCAUUGGGAGGAAUCUGUCUGUACUGUAAAUACCAAUUCCAAGCAUUCACUCUACUAUGACUACUACAAUUUCCCGCCAGAAAUGUACAAACUGUCAUGGCCGGUGAAAGGAGCACCGGAAGUUGCAAGAAAGGUGAAACGUCUGCUUGAAGAGCGUGGAAUAACUUGUAAGGAGAAUUGUGAUAGAGGGUUGGACCAUGGAGUAUUUGUUCCACUAAAACUUGUUUAUCCUGAUGCAGAUAUCCCAGUGUGUCAGCUCUCUCUACUAAAGAACAUGGAAGUUAGUGACCAUCUAAAGAUUGCAGAAUCUCUAUCAGAACUGUGUGAACAAAACGUGUUGAUUAUUGGUAGUGGUUUUGCUACGCACAAGGGAGGCAAACCUGGGGCACCGCCACCUGCAUGGGCAACCGCAUUCAAGCAAUGGUUGAAUGAAACGCUUACGUGUGAUAGUUUGUCGCCUGACGAGAGGAAAAUUAAAAUACUUUCAUCAGCCAAAACAGCUCCAAAUAUUAACAUUGCUCAUCCAAGACUUGAACAUUUUUUGCCACUGAUAAUGUGCAGUGCUAUAGCGAAAUACCAAUCAGCGAAACUGAUCCAUUCUGAGUUCUUAAUGGAAUCAUUGUUGAAUGAACACUACCUAUUCUAAAGACCUUUUUGCAAUGCAGGUGGAACAAGUGAAUGAUUCGUGUGUUUCUGUUUUAUAUUUGUUCACUUUCAUUGACAUAAUUAUUGAAAAAAUGUUUUAUCGUUCUUAAACUGCUAAAAGAAAACAGUUUUAAACAUCAUGUUAUCAAAAGGUCUAUUUUGAAAUUUUACCAUAAAUAGUUCAUUUCGCAAUUGGUUUUAGUUCAUAAAGUUUUACAUAUUUGUGGCUAUACACAAAAUAAUCCGAAAUUUCGGUGCUACCCCCAACAUGAAAUCGAUAUGAAAUAUGUUACUUAAAAUAAAUAAUUAAAUCUUCAAAUAUUUUUUUGUAUUACCAGACAGUUUAUUAUUAAGUAAAUGCAGUCUUAAAUUCACUCCUCGAAUAGAAUUAACUGGUUUGUAUAUUGUCAGACGUGUGAUUAUGUUAGAUGGUCUUUUUAAUAUGAUUGUUCAUACAUGAAAACGGAAAAGUAACGUGUAUGGACAGAAUUUAAUACAAAUAACAAAGAAGUUGUGAUUUACAAAUUUUGUCAUUUUGUCUUUCGAUUAUUUAUUUGGAUAUAUCUUAAAAUACUUUAUACAAUGUAUCAAUCAUUAUAACAUAAAGACGCUCUUGACUUUUUGGUGAAAAACCAUAUGACUUGUGUAAAAAUUGUUACAUGUUUUUUUGUUGUUUUUUUUUGCAAUUGUUUGUCAACAGUCUGUUGACAUGCAUAUCAUAUCAUUGGAAUAAAAGGGUUUUGUUGUUUUAGUAUAUAUUUUUAUCUAUCAAAUUAUGUUUAUUGUGACAAUUUUCAUUAAAUUGAAUGGAC